GCGUCCCUUCCUUCCCGGAGCUGGCAGGCGGGCCGCGGCGGCGGCGGGCAGCGGACGGGCGGACUGACGGGCGCCUCCACCUUGCUCCCUCCCUGGCUGCCGGCUUCCUUUUGUCUUUCUGGGCGGCGAUGAGCGCAGGGCCGGCGCAGCAGCUGCGGGCGCACGGAGGCCCGCGCUGCUAGUCACUCCUCCCGGCCUCGGCGCGCUUGUCCCGGGCAGCGGCCCGGGCCCGCUGCAGCCGCCGCCGGCGCCGAACUUGGGCUCGGGAAGCCGGCGGACCGCGUCCUGCGCCGGAGCAGGGGCAUGGUCUAGUGGCCCGGUCAGGACGCGGAAACACUCCCCGGAGGUUCUGACCCGCUCCCUCUCAGCCUCCGCCUGGUCUCUGAUCUGACUCAGCAGGGUUGGCUGUUCCAGCUCCAAAGAGAAGGAGGAACCUUUUCCUUCCGCAGCCCCUCCCCACCAGCCUCAUUCCUUAGCUGGGGUCAGACCUGGGGUCCUCACUGCAGCUGGCCUCUGGCAGCAUUCUCAGGCUAGCCCUCCCUGCUGAAAAGAGAACCGUGUGGGACUCACAGGCCCCUUCUGCCUUCCACCUUCCUGUUCCACCCCAGGCAGAACAAGCUCUCAUCUCAAAUGGCCUGAGCCCUCUGAUUCCUUGAAGUUCAAAUUCACAACAAACGCCUCUCCAGCCUCUUCCUGAGCCUCAGUCUUUUUUUUUUCUUUUUGAGACAGAGUCUCGCUGUGUUGCCCAGGCUGGAGUGCAGUGGCACCAUCUCAGCUCACUGCAACCUCCACCUUCCGGGUUCAAGCAAUUCUCCCGUCUCAGCCUCCCGAGUAGCUGGGACUACCAGGUGCGUGCCACCACACCCAGCUAAUUUUUUAUAUUUUUAGUAGAGACGGUUUCACCAUGUUGCUCAGGCUGGUCUUGAACUCCUGAGCUCAGGCAAUCCACUGCCUUGGCCUCCUGAAGUGCUGGGAUGACAGGUGUGAGCCACAGCGCCCCGGCCAGCCUGGGUCUCUCAUAAGCAUUUGGUGUUUCCCACCUCUCUGGUCGCCUUCCCUCAAAGCAUCUCAGAGUCUGGUUGGCCUGGCAAGCUUCGGGGAUCUGACUGAUGAAAGCGUUUUGGAGCAAUGGGAUGAGAUGCCAACCAAUGCCGUCAGCCGGCACUGAGGUGUAGUCGCCGCCGCCAGCCGCCAUGGGCAAACAGAACAGCAAGCUGCGGCCCGAGGUGCUGCAGGACCUGCGGGAGAACACGGAGUUCACCGACCACGAGCUGCAGGAGUGGUACAAGGGCUUCCUCAAGGACUGCCCCACCGGCCACCUGACCGUGGACGAGUUCAAGAAGAUCUACGCCAACUUCUUCCCCUACGGCGACGCUUCCAAGUUCGCCGAGCACGUCUUCCGCACCUUCGACACCAACGGCGACGGCACCAUCGACUUUCGGGAGUUCAUCAUCGCGCUGAGCGUGACCUCGCGGGGCAAGCUGGAGCAGAAGCUCAAGUGGGCCUUCAGCAUGUACGACCUGGACGGCAACGGCUACAUCAGCCGCAGCGAGAUGCUGGAGAUCGUGCAGGCCAUCUACAAGAUGGUGUCGUCUGUGAUGAAGAUGCCGGAGGACGAGUCCACCCCGGAGAAGCGCACAGACAAGAUCUUCAGGCAGAUGGACACCAACAAUGACGGCAAACUGUCCUUGGAAGAAUUCAUCAAAGGUGCCAAGAGCGACCCCUCCAUCGUCCGCCUGCUGCAGUGCGACCCCAGCAGUGCCAGUCAGUUCUGAGCGAGCGGCCCCUGGACAGUUGCAGAGAAACACAGGCUUGUCGUGCCGUUUAAGCUUUGCUUGCAAGAGUGGAUGCCCCGCAAUUGUUCCUGCUCUCCCGGGCCCCGGGCCUGGGGCAUGCGUCGCACCUGCCCGGCCCGGUGGCUGCGCCUCCCUCCUCCACCUGACCAACGCGACAUUCCUCCCCUCACGCCUGGCCCGGUCCUUUCCAGGGCAACUCCCAGGGAUGUGGUGACAUGCAGGGUUCAAGUGUUCUUGGUUCCAGGCACCUCCCGGCUCACGGGGAGCUCAGAGGUCCACGCCGAGGAGACCAGGCAGGACCUCCCGAGGCUGCGCCCCGGCCGGCCCAUGCGUUUUGUGAUCCCAAGUGACUCUGUGGGAAGGGUGGGGACGAGGCGUCGGGAGGGUAGACAGGGAGCCUCUCCCGUGCAUGGCUGCCCCCCCGUUCAUUUUCUCCACCACAGCCGCUUGCACGUAUAGAUACUGUGGUCCCCUUUCUUUUAAUAUAUAAAUUAUGUAUGGUGAAGUGGAGUGUAUUGUGUAGGUCCCGUAUUUAAUGCCUCUGACUGCCUUUGAAGCGCAGCCCCCUGUGGCCCGCAGCCCCCUGAGCCUGGCUGUUGUGUGGUAUUUAUGCUCUCUUUGUCUGCCUGUUUCUAAGGAAAUGCAUGUGUGCCCUGAGCCGUGAUGAUCCUCCCAUCCGUGUUGUGAGCACAGGCAUUUGUGUCUGGUCUGUCCUCCCUGUUGAUUGGUCUGGCAUUUCCGGUAUUAAAAUGAUAAAAUAAA